UAUUGUGUGAAAGUGUGCCCGCAGUGGUUGGCGUGAAGGACACGGUAGAAUGAAAGCCCUGUAACCGUGUUCUGGGAAACGCGGUAAAGCAAGAAGUGCAAAACUGUUCAAGUUCUUGGACCGCUUGAAUCAAAAUUCUGAAAUGAAAGUAAACCCGUGAAUGAUGCAGCAAAAGUUAUUUAUUAAGGCAGAGGACGGGGAGAAGUCAUGACGAGGCACAAAACGCGAUGAGUGUUGCCGCUUGUGUUACGUUAAGAUAUUUCAUGCAUGGAGUCUGCAAGGAAGGAGACAACUGCCGCUACUCCCAUGACCUCUCCACUAGUCAGUCUGCCAUGGUGUGCAGGUAUUAUCAGCGAGGAUGCUGUGCUUACGGAGAUCUCUGCAGAUAUGAACAUACCAAGCCACUGAAAGAGGAGGAAGAAGAAGAGACUGAUGUGGAUCCAGAUGAAAAAAUUUAUCCCUCGGUAUCCUCAGACUAUGCAUCACUCCCGGAAACAGUUGAAGAAAUACUUGCUGAGAUAGAAGAUGAAAGUGCAGAUCUGGCAGCUGCAGGAGUAGGUGCUGAAGACUGGGUGAAUGCUGUAGAAUUUGUCCCUGGGCAGCCAUACUGUGGACGUGCUUGCCUUCUGUCUCUUGACCUGUGCGCAUCUGAGAAGAAUCUGGCCCUGUGGGAUUUUGGUGCCACUCCUUCCUGUGCUGAAGCACCCUUGCAGGAAUUGGUGAUUGAGGAGGAGUAUGAAAAGCAGCAUGAAGACGUGGAGAUAAAGAAGGAGCUGUGCCCCUACGCUGCAGUAGGAGAAUGUCGUUAUGGAGAAAACUGUGUGUAUAUCCAUGGGGAUGUGUGUGAUAUGUGUGGCCUGCAGGUCCUGCAUCCAGUUGAUGCUGCGCAGAGAUCUGAGCACAUAAAGUCUUGCAUUGAAGCUCAUGAGAAGGACAUGGAGCUCUCUUUUGCCGUCCAGCGUAGUAAAGACAUGGUGUGCGGGAUAUGCAUGGAGGUGGUGUAUGAGAAAGCUAAUCCGAGUGAGCGCCGCUUUGGGAUCCUCUCCAACUGCAGCCACGCUUACUGUCUGAAGUGCAUCCGCAAGUGGAGGAGUGCUAAGCAAUUUGAGAGCAAGAUUAUAAAGUCCUGCCCAGAAUGUCGGAUCACAUCUAACUUUGUCAUUCCAAGUGAGUACUGGGUGGAAGAGAAGGAAGAGAAGCAGAAACUCAUUCAGAAAUACAAGGAGGCAAUGAGCAACAAGCCAUGCAGGUAUUUUGAUGAAGGCCGUGGGAGCUGUCCUUUUGGAGGAAACUGUUUUUACAAGCAUGCGUACCCUGAUGGCCGACGAGAGGAGCCACAGAGACCCAAAGUGGGAACGUCAAGUAGAUUCCGGGCCCAGCGAAGGAAUCGCUUCUGGGAGUUCAUUGAGGAGCGAGAGAACGGUGAUCCGUUCGAGACCGAUGAGGAUGAGGUGGUGACCUUUGAGCUUGGUGAGAUGUUGCUUAUGCUGUUGGCAGCAGGAGGUGAUGAUGAGCUAACAGAUUCCGAGGACGAGUGGGACUUGUUUCAUGAUGAGCUGGAAGAUUAUUAUGAUUUGGAUCUAUAGCACCUGUCAGUGGAGUGUGGACUGUUGUCUUGGCUUCAGGCAGUAGCUAUUACCUGUGGUGUUGUGGCAGUGCCUGUGUUUCUCCUAGGCAGGCCGAUCAAUUCCAGGUGCUGUUGUAAUAACUUUUACCCAGGGUCUGUCUCUUCCCAUCCCCUCCCACCCCAGGAGUGUUGUUUUUCCUCUGUUUAAACAAAUAACAAGAAAUAAAUCUUUAAAAUGUUAGUUUUUGUAAAAAUGAAUUUAACUGUCAAACAGUUAGCUUAGGUUUGUUGCUUCAUAUGUGUACCCAACAGAGUUCACCCAGUUCCAGGGUUAAAGUGUUUACAGGACUUCCACACUCAUUUUGAAGAGCCCAGAUACAAAAAUGAGCAGUGGCCAUGCAGUGGGGAUGUAAAUUGGCUGAUGGCCGUUUUUCUGUCUCUGUACCGAUAUUUCUGACUUGAGGCCAGACAAAAAUUCUCUCUCUAUGGCAUCAGUGCCAUUCCGCCCCCCUCAUGUACACGUCUUCAUUUGUGAUUUUGGUCUCUUGUUUACUUGCACAUUACUAUUACUACUGUGUAACCAGAACCAGGUGUGAACGUUCUGGGUUUUUACUGUGUUUAGCAUGAAAGGAAAAUGUCAUUGUGAAAGGAGAACUCUCUAUGUGUAUAUACAGAUAACUGUAGAGUUGGACCUCAAGGAUGGGGAGACUCUGUGUAAGUUAAAAGUAACAAAACCAUCUUUCAUCCCUUCUUGGUGCAUGAAGUCUAGCCUCCAGUUGGACAUGAAACUGGUUUAGCGGUCUCAGCCCAGAAUGUGGCAGUGAUCUUAACUAUCACUUAACUUAAUAGAUGGCACUCCCUAAUACACCAGCUCCCUUUCAUGUGUAUGAUUAGGGUUGUCCAGGAGCAGAAAUCCGGUUAGCCAAGGUGGGCUCAAAGGAACACCAGAGAGGCCCCUUUAGCUUUAUUCCUCUGUAAGUUUUAGAACCUGAUGUAACCACCUAAGCCCUGAGCUUCGCUAGGAAAUCGCUGUGCCUCUCGCAUCUGAGUCGGGCAGGUUGCCUGGGAAAGCUCUUCAGUUUAUGUGUGUUGCUGCUUACAAAGGCAGUCAUGCAGUUUCUGGCUGUAAUUUGCAUUAAGAAAUUACUUUGCCACCAAAGUCCCGGCACAGGAAUUUUAACCUUGCAUUACAUUAUCUCUGUUUUUUAUUGACUUGUGAAUGCCCCGUGAUCUGUUUUCCUGCUGCUCUUGUCCCCUAGACUGCCUCUCCUUUCACUUUUAAAUGGAAUGAGAAAUUGUUCUGAGGUCUAUAACGUAUUGUUUUGCAGCUGCCUUUUGUAAGAAGCACUUUUCCCAAAUAAAAAAAAAAAAAGGAAAAA